AUGAGCACGCUCGGCGAAAGCAAACAGUAUGAUGAAAGUGAAGGAGUAAGAAAGGUUCCGGAAAAGAACUGUUUACCACGGCCUCCUAGUAAAUCGGAUGAAACAUAUUACGACUGCGAUGAUAUACAUAUGAUAGAAAAAGAGCAAGAAACCGGCAAUCAGAUAUAUGAUGGAUGUGAAGGUCUGAAAAAGAUUACGCAAACGAACACUUUACCAAGGCCUCCUGGUGCUAGUAAAUCGAAUGAAGAAUAUAACGUCUACAAGGAUACACAUAUAAUAGAACAACAGCAAGAAACUGGCAACCAGUAUGAUGGAAGUGAAGGAGUUAAAACUGUUACACAAAAGAACAUUUUACCAAAACCUCCUUGUUGUAGUAAAUCUGACGAUAUACAUAUAAUAGAAAAACAGCAAGAAACUGGUAAUGACUGGUAUCUUUACUUAUUUGUUUAA